AUGCUCGGUAGGGUGGUAUUAUCGCCUGAGGCGAUUGCACGCAUCUUCGCUGAGGGUCCACUUUCUUGGAUGGCAUCAUUGAACACGUUGUUGUUACUGUGCUUGGCAGUAUUCAGCGUCGUACGUGCUGGCACUUGGCUAUCUUUUAAUGACUUCAAAGAGUCGCCAAUGGAGAUUCCAAUACGCAGCAACAUUGAUAUUAUUGACGUAUGCAACGAGCAACAGAGACGACUACAGAAGCGGGCCGAGCACCGUAUAUUGACAAGAGCAGAACGCGAAAACAGUGACAUGUGCCGAUUUUUGCUACGAAUGGGUCGUUCCGUCUAA